AUGUCGGAAUUUCAUCAGACUCCCAAAGGCAUCCUGCUAGGAUCGCACGAAGUUUCACCUGAUGUGCAUUGGGUGAAGCCCGUUGUACCCACCGUGCUCGGCGACCUCGACCAACUACCCGUUCCCGGAACGGAUCUGAUCUUUGCCAGCCUUGACGGAGGGUGGUUCUUCCCUGGACCUCUGGACUUCGAAAUGCUCAAAAAGGCAUUCGCCGCCACUCUCCAUGACUACCCUCACGCUGCCGGCCGGCUUCGGUCUGACCCAAAAACUGGGAAAUGGCGCAUUGCCCUAACAAAUUCCGCCGUUCCUAUCACCUUCAAUCGCACCUCAGUGGACCCCAGACCUGAAGUGGAGUUCAUGCAAGAAUGGCACCCUGAUUUCCUAGACCAGCUCCCGUGGAGUUUUGCUCCCACCAGCAACAACGACGAACCACUGCUUAGAUGUAAAUACACCUAUUGGGAAGCCACAAACGAGUCAAGCUUCGCCGCGAGCUGGUGCCAUGUACUUGGCGAUGGCCUGGCGCUUUUCCAGUUUUGUGAUAAUUUGCACCACCAUUACCUCGGCCUCCAACCUCGGACCAUGCCAACUUUCGAAAAGUAUACUGCGCAGCCGCCUACUCUCGAACAGUCUGCGUUGGUCGAAACAAUCCCACUGGUCCCUCAUCUGGCCAUUGAUUAUGCACCGGAGCACUUCUUUGCUAUGUACACGCAGAUGCUCGAUAGCACCUGUCGAGUCGAUUUACAGUUCACAAAGGAUCAGUUGCAGAAGAUGCGCGCCAUGGCAGAGAGGCACGCCAGGGUCAAGAUCAGCACGCAAGACGCUCUAGUGGCUUACUUGAUUACUGUUCUUAACCGCACAGAGAGGGUUCCGGCCAGAUGGCUCAUGAACGUCGUCAAUUACCGUGGGGUGAAGGCGGCAGCUGGAUUCGACUACACCCCCCCGCCCGGCACCUCUGCAGGCAACAUCACCCUCACGAGCUUUUCCGAUAAAAUCCCUGAGGAAGCCAAGCUCGAUCUCGGCUUGAUCGCUACAGUCGUCCGUGACACUGUCACCAAGCUCGAACGCGAAUCGUUGCCAGUGGUGGUUUCCAUGGGAGGGCGGGGUGGCGGUCAAUAA